AUGGACCUCAGUAUGAAGUACUUCCUUUUGGACGACGCGACCUUGAGGGACUGGAACUAUAUGGGGUUACCCGAUGACAACUUCAGUGCUGAGAACGGCAUAAUAGUGGUUCGUGCGACGAGAUGGCCACUGGCCGUGGACCCUCAGGGACAGGCGCUUAUUUGGAUCUCACAUCUCGAGGAGAAGAAUGAAAUUGAGAUUGUCGACUUUGGUCAACCAAAUUAUCUUAAAGUAAUGGAAACGGGCCUCACUGAGGGCAAACCAAUUCUUGUCCAAAACGUUGGCGAAGUUUUAGACCCGUCAAUUGCACCCAUUUUGGAUAAGGCCAUAGUGAAAAUCGGAACUGCGCUUGUCAUUAAGUUCAAUGAGAAAAUGGUGCCUUAUAAUCAGAACUUCAGAAUGUAUCUAACUACGAAACUGGGCAACCCCGUGUACACUCCCGAGACAUUGACCAAGACGACCAUGGUGAACUUCGCCGUGAAGGAGCAAGGUCUGACAUCCCAGCUGCUGGGCAUCGUGGUGCGCAAGGAGAGACCGCAGCUGGAGCUCAUGAAGGACAACCUCGUCAUGACCAUCGCCAAUAAUAAGAAAGUGCUGAUGGAUUUAGAAAACGACUUGUUGCGUAUUAUGUACGAAUCUCAGGUACCACUACUGGAGAACGAGGAGUUGUUCGUAACACUUCAGACUUCACAGCGCACGUCCCUUGAAGUGAAGGAAGCCCUGAUCACAUCCCAAGUCACGGAAAAGGAAAUUGAUACAGCCAGACAGGGGUACGUGCCGGUCGCAGUGCGGGCAUCAGUAUUGUUCUUUGCCCUGAACGACCUCUCGCGCAUAGACCCUAUGUACCAGUUCUCUCUGGACGCGUAUAUCGACCUGUUCACGUACUCGAUUGACCGAAGCCCCAAAGGGGGCGAAUUGGAGGACAGGAUCAACAACUUGAAUGAGUUUCACACUUUUUCUGUCUACAAAAACACAUGUCGUGCGUUAUUCGAAAGACACAAACUCUUGCUGUCAUUCCACAUGGUUUCGCGAAUUCUAUUCCAAAUGGGAAAGAUGAAUAUGAACGAGUAUCUGUUCCUAUUGAAAGGCGGUAUAGUUCUCGACAGGUCUGAACAACCUGAUAAUCCUACAAAUUGGCUACCAGAGGAUUGUUGGGAUAAUAUCACUGAGUUGGACAAGAUACCGGGCUUCCAUGGUGUCAUUGACGCCUUUGAAACAUUCUCAAAGGAGUGGAAGGAAUGGUAUCUUCAUCCGGAACCGGAAUCGCAGCCCCUCGUAGGCGAAUGGAACGAGAUAUGCAACGAGUUUCAACGUAUACUAUUCGUACGUUCGCUACGAGCGGACCGCGUCUCUGCGUGCGUGUCUGCCUUUAUCGUGAACACGCUGGGACCGCGCUACGUGGAGCCGCCCGUCCUUGAUAUUAAGGCUGCCUGGGAAGAAUCGACGUGGAAGACGUCCCUUCUCUUUGUGUUAUCCCCCGGAGUCGAUCCGACUGCGGCACUUAUCCAACUGGCGCAGGAUGUCAAGAUGUUUGACAAGUUCCAGUCACUCAGCUUGGGUCAGGGACAGGCACCCACUGCGGCUAGGAUGCUCAUCUCUGGUAUGCGCGAUGGCGGCUGGGUAUACCUGGCCAACUGCCACUUGGCGUGUGAGUGGUUGGGCUCCAUCCGUGGCCUGGACAACCCGAAGAUUCACCCGAGGUUCCGUCUCUGGCUCUCAUCAAUGCCCGAUGACAAGUUUCCUCUCAGCGUUCUGCAGAGAAGUAUUAAGAUGACCACGGAGCCGCCGCAGGGUCUGAAAGGAAACCUCGUCCGGAUAUUCUCAAACUUGAACGAGGAUAAAUUUGACGAGGCCACACCGAAGUAUCGACGGCUUCUCUUCUGUGUCUCUUUCUUCCACUGCUCCCUCAUUGCCAGGAAGAGAUUCAGGCAGCUGGGUUACAAUGCCGUGUAUAGUUUUAAUGAUUCCGAUUUUGAUGUAUCGGACAAUCUCCUAGCGAACUACCUGGAAGAAUACGAGGAGGUCCCGUGGGAUGCUCUGCGGUACUUAUUCGCCAUCAUCAACUAUGGGGGUCACAUCACAGACGAUUGGGACAAGCGGGUGCUCAUCGCGUACAUCAACCAGUUCUUCUGCGAGGAGGCCUUGGAGACACCAUUUUAUAGGCUUUCUAGCAUUCCCUCUUACCACAUCCCUAGAGACGGAAGCCUGGAGUCCUAUCGUGACUUCUUGGAUCUGUUGCCGCCCUAUGAAAGAGCUGAGUCUGUUGGACAACAUGCCUCUGCUGACGUUGCUACGCAAGCACAGGAUGCCCUAAUAAUGUGUUCGACCCUAUUUGCUCUGGCCUCCACGGGCGGAGGGGGAGGCGGCGGAGGUGAAGACCAAAAGGUUGACGAAUUAGCAGCUGAGAUGAUAGUGAAGCUGCCGUCCAAGAUAGACGUGGAGACCACAGAGCGGAUGAUGGGGCCGGAGAUUGUGAUGCCCAUGUGCGUCUCCCUUUUGCAGGAGAUCGGAUACUAUAAUGUGCUUAUAUCGGGCAUUACUUCUGGCUUGAAGGAGUUACGUCGUGCCAUUGAAGGCCUGGUGGUGAUGUCUGAAAUGCUGGAGAUUAUGUACACGUGUAUUUUCGAAGGGAGAGUUCCCACUUUCUGGCAAAAAGCCCGCCCAUCAAUGAAGCCCUUGGGCGCGUGGUGUCGCGAGCUCUUCCUGCGAGGCGGGCACUUGGGCGCGUGGGCCAAUGCGCCUCGCUCUCCGCCGACGCUUUGCUGGCUUCCCUCCUUAGUUGCCCCUACGGGCUUCCUUACUGCUGUUAUGCAGACGACAGCUCGAGGUGAAGGCUGGCCCAUAGACACGUUGUGUUGGGAGUUUACGGUGAUGCCUUUGGAAGAGACUUCCUUCGUCCGUCCGCCUAGAGAUGGCGGCGUCUAUAUACGGGGCCUAUAUCUAGAAGGCGCUAGCUGGAACAAGAAGGAGGGUUAUCUCCAAGAACCAUUACCUAUGCAGCUCGUGUUUCCAGUUACGCCUAUACACUUUAAACCAAUUCGUGCAACAGGACGAAAGUUGCGCAAUCGCUACGUAUGUCCUUGCUACUACUACCCGAAGCGAAUGGGCGCCUUCGUUGUGGCGGUCGAUCUCCACUCUGGGAAGGAAAUACCCGACUUCUGGGUGAAGAGAGGAACCGCCUUGCUAUGUACUUUAGCUACUUAG